ACUCUUAAAUAAAUAAAUAAAUAUUUUACAAGAUUAUCAUAAUUAUAAAUAAAAUUAUGAAAGCAUCAGUCACAAGUCAGGUGACUCAGAUGUCUCAUUCUCUCAGGACAAGCAAAAUCAAAACUACUGGCUAGUACUGAAUCUUUGGCAUCAUCAGAAUGCCACGUGCACCUCAUCCUCUCCCCCCCCUCCCCUCUCUCUCUCUCUCUGCCCUUUUAAUCCAACCAUUCUACAAGAUUUUAUACAUUUUUGAUACAAAAAAUCAGGAGUUUUGAUUCAUCCAAACAAACCCUAACCGGAAGUAAUGACUUAAAAACAAGAAAUAGACAUUAAAGUAAGUCACUUUCUAUCUUUCCUUUCAAGUUUUACUUUAUUGCCCGGUAAUAAACGAGGACUAAGACAAGGCCUUAGGCCAAUUAAUGAGCGUUGCGCUUUUGCAUUGGCGUUGUUCGUUGCUUCAUGCUCGGUGAACUGAAUGGUGAUAGCUCUCUCUUUUAGCUAACUUUUCUUUUAAGCCAAUUACAGUUUAACUUGUGUUUUAGCUUUGCGCGCCUUCCUGUUAAUAACAUUUCUCUUAGUUAUUUUGGGUUCAAGGUGCUCGACGAAAUGCCUGAACCAUGCUUUCGCUUACUAAGGUCCCAACCCAUUUCUUUGUUUCGCCUAAAAAUUUCUCUGAAUUGAACCGCCUUCUAAACCAUUCCUUUAUACCCUUUAAUAUUUUUGAAGGUAAUUCAAGAAACAAGAAACAAAAGCUUAUGUCUUUGCGCUUUGUUGAUGUUAAAGAAAGUGGUUCUUUAUUUCUUGAAUUGAAAAAGGAUUUUUGUUGGAGUAAUUGUAGUGGGUUUGUUAGGAAGUGUAAAAAGGAUUGGGAAGCUGAAAGUGAUUUUGCACUGGAAGCUGAGAUUUUGGAGUUUAUGAAGGAUUCUGAAAAACCUGAGGCCUUUCCAUGCAAGAAAGAUUUAGUUGAUGCUGGAAGGAUGGACCUUGUUGAGGCUAUUCUGAAGCAAGGAGGCUGGCUUACUUCUGGUUGGGACUUGAAUGAUGAUAAUGCAAAUGAGGAAGAUGAGGUAUUUUGUACUGAUGAUUUGCCUUCGGAUUUGAAAAGAGAUAAAGGAUUCAAGAACGAAGUGAGUCAGGAAAUGGUUUUAGGGAACAAUCAAGAACGGAGUCAUGAAGUUUCUUCCUAUAACGGUGGUUCAUAUGCUCCAGCUGCUUCCUGGUCUGGUAGAUCACUAGAAACAGAAGCUGAGGAUGAUUCUGGGAUUGAAGGUAUACUGAGUCGACUAGAGAAAGAAAGGAACAUGAAUUUUGGGUUUGGAUUGAGUGAGACAGGAGGAAGCACUCAUGUACAAGUUAAAGAUUUUGCACAUGGCUUGUUGGCUAAAAGCUCAAGGAAUAUGACACUUGCUGGCCUAGAAAGAAACAGUACACCUGCAUCAUCAAGCCCCGACAAUGACAAACUCAGUGAUCCAGAGGACAAGCUUGGUAACAGCAGAUCUCAAUCACAUAUUGAUGGUUUCAGACAUUCGCUUAAACCAGAUGCAUGGAGAAUGUGGAGCACUAAGAGGGCUGGGCUUUCAGAAAUGGAGUUUGAAGCUGAUGAAUUCAUCUGUCACGGAACUAGAACAGGAGGUGAAAUGGAUGCUUUAGGAGAUGAAAUACUACAGAAAAGUGAGGGUGCUACUGCAUCUUCAAAUGGACGGAAAGGAAACUGUUGUAGUGAAAGGGUUAAGUUCAAUGAUAUUCGAAGUCGCCUUCAGCAGUUGGAAUCAGAACUUUCCUCUGUACUUAGCACUUUAAAAUCUAACAGUGGCAAGAAUGCAUCCCAGCGAGUUGGCUCUUCUGAUGAUUUAGCAAAGCUCUCUGAUGCUUGGGAGUUCCAAGAAACUGAGAUCAUGAAAGCACAGGAUAGGCUACGGUCAAUACGAGCAAAGUUAGCAGUAUUAGAAGGGAAAAUGGCACUCGCAAUAAUUGAAUCACAAAAGAUAGUGGAGGAGAAACAGAAAAGGGUUGAUGAUGCUCAGAGAGCUUUACAACUUCUUCGUACUGCCUGCAUAGUUUGGACUAGUUCAGCAUCAGAGGUGCUCUUAGCUGGAUCUUUUGAUGGAUGGAACACCAAGAGAAAGAUGCAGAAGUCAAGCGGUGGUAUUUUUUCUGUAUGCAUGAAAUUGUAUCCAGGAAAAUACGAGAUCAAGUUUAUUGUUGAUGGUGAAUGGAAGGUUGAUCCUCUACGCCCCAUUGUUCGCAACGAUAGGUAUGAGAAUAAUGUACUCAUAAUCACGUAAUAAAUAAGACAUGCAAAUGGGGAGCAUGAGAAUAUCAUCCUAACUCCAAAGGUAUUGGAGAAACUCCUGUAACAAGAUUUUCUCCUUCCUUUUAACCCUCAUCUCUUGUAAACAGAUAGUGAUAGUGGUAGAUGAUUCUUUUAUUGGAGAGGAUUAGGAUUGUAGAAAACGUUGUGUAUUGCCUUUAUUUUAACACAUUCUUAUUCAAUGAUAUGUAUUUUACAUUUCGAUUCUCAUUAUUGAAAUAUAAAUGUAUUCAAAGUAAUCUUC